UGCACACUCUGCUCUUCCAGGCGCUGGACCUCUUUGCCCCUUAGAUCAACGAGGGGAAUCCACUCUGCCAUGGGGAAGCCGCUGUCCCGCGGGGUAGAAAAGCUUCCCCAAAGUUCACCCCUUCCUCCCUGGCUACCCAGUCAAGAAGAAGCGGAGCAAGGAAAGGCGGGGGCUUCUCUGGGUUCUUACUCUCCUGGGGUCAGGUUUCCUCAGCUCGCUCUUUUAAAGAGGGUAAAUCGAGGAAGAGGCCCAUCUCCAUGGAAACCUUCUGGUAACAAGGGUGUGAAAGAGGAGAGGACGGGGUUUCAGGAAGAGGGGAAGGCGCUGGGGAUGGGCCUGGAGCUGAAAUGUCCCAGAAAGUGGCCCAGGAGCUGCAGGCGCCCGUGAAAAGCACGCGUUCCAUUUCCCGCGGUAAUGGCCAGAAAAGAUCUCCUCCCCGGCUCUGCCCCCUCUAGAGUCCUGGACCUCUAGGGACGCUCAUCUACACCCUUCCCAUAAAACCUGACCCAGCUGGGACGCAAAGGAGGGCCAUGAAACGCAACGCCCGGCUGAGGUGCCCCUUCCGGAAAGGCGCCUGCGAGAUCACCCGGAAGACCCGGCGACAGUGUCAGGCCUGCCGCCUGCGCAAGUGCCUGGAGAGCGGCAUGAAGAAGGAGAUGAUCAUGUCUGACGUGGCUGUGGAGGAGAGGCGGGCCUUGAUCAAGAGGAAUAAAAGAGAACGAAUCGGGACCCAGCCACCGGAAACACAGGGGCUGACGGAAGUGCAGCGGAUGAUGAUCAGGGAGCUGAUGGAUGCUCAGAUGAAAACCUUUGACACUACCUUCUCCCAUUUCAAGAAUUUCCGGUUGCCAGGGGUGCUUAGCAGUGGCUGUGAGAUGCCAGAGUCUCUACAGGCCCCAUCAAGGGAAGAAGCUGCCAAGUGGAGCCAGGUCAGGAAAGAUCUGUGCUCUCUGAAGGUCUCUCUGCAGCUGCGGGGGGAGGAUGGCAGUGUCUGGAACUACAAACCCCCAGUGGACAAUGGCGGGAAAGAGAUCUUUUCCAUGCUGCCCCACAUGGCUGACAUGUCAACCUACAUGAUCAAAGGCAUCAUCAAUUUUGCCAAAGUCAUCUCCUACUUCAGGGACUUGCCCAUUGAGGACCAGAUCUCCCUGCUGAAGGGGGCCACUUUUGAGCUGUGCCAACUGAGAUUCAACACGGUGUUCAACGCGGAGACUGGGACCUGGGAGUGUGGCCGGCUGUCCUACUGCUUGGAAGACACUGCAGGUGGCUUCCAGCAACUUCUACUGGAGCCCAUGCUGAAAUUCCACUACAUGCUAAAGAAGCUGCAGCUGCAUGAGGAGGAGUAUGUGCUGAUGCAGGCCAUCUCUCUCUUCUCCCCAGACCGCCCAGGUGUGGUGCAGCACCGUGUGGUGGACCAGCUGCAGGAGCAAUUUGCCAUUACCCUGAAGGCCUACAUUGAAUGCAAUCGGCCCCAGCCUGCCCAUAGGUUCCUGUUCCUGAAGAUCAUGGCCAUGCUCACUGAGCUCCGCAGUAUCAAUGCCCAGCACACCCAGCGGCUGCUGCGCAUCCAGGACAUACACCCCUUUGCUACGCCCCUCAUGCAGGAGUUGUUCAGCAUCACAGACAGCUGAGCGGCUGCCCUUGGGUAUCACCUCUGAGGGGCAGCCAGACCCAGGGCCCUCUGAGCUGCCACUCCUGGGCCAAGACAGAUGGACACUGCUGAGAGCUGACAAUGCCCUGCUGAGCCUGCCUCCCCAGGGAACUCCUGCUAUGACAGCUGGCUAUCAUUCCUCAGAAAGGACAUGGAUAACCCCCCGACCCCUAGUUCAGUCUGUAGGGAGUGAGGCCAUAGGCCCUUAUGUAGAGAGUGCACUGGCUUGUAGGUCACGACCGUCAGAGAGGCAAGGCUGCCCUUUCCUUCUAAAAGGCCCUGUGGUUGGGGAGAAAUCCCUCCGAUCCCACUAAAGUGUCAAGGUGUGGAAGGGGCAGCCAGGGCUGGGCCAUCUGGGGUCUAUGACCACAUACCCACGUUUGUUCGCUUCUUGAGUCUUUUGAUUGCUACCUCUAAUCAUCCUGUGUCCCACUUCCCUCUCAUUCCCAAUCCCAGCUUCCUCUUCCGAGCUGCUUGGCGGGCUCCAGGCCUGUGCUCAUUGGCAGGUGCAUGAGUAUCUGUGGGAGUCCUCUAGAAAGAAUAGAAGCCAGAAGACCUGCACCAAAUGCCAAAAGCUUGUCAUGACCUCAUUCUGGCCACAUCAUUCUGUAUCUCUGCAUCCAUUUGAACACAUUAUUAAGCACCAACAAUAGGUAGCCUGCUGUGGGGUAUACAAUGUUGACUCAGAUAUAGACCCUGAGCUCACAGAGUUUAUAGUUAAAAAAAAAAGAAAAACAGAAACACAAAUAACUUGGAUCAAAAGGAAAAAUGAUAAAUAACAAAAGCAGCACAAGGAAUUUCCUUGUGGAUGCUGAGCUGUGAUGACAGAUAUUGGGGACCCAAGUAAGGCUCCUAAGGACAUGAGUUUGUGGGAAUAAGGGCACAAACUUUGGCUGUGGGUGUGGAUGUGUGAUUUGGUGUAGGUAGGUCUGUUCCCCAUCUGACGGGGCCUGGGUUUGUUCCUGGGGCUGAAAUGCUGGCUGGGUAUGCUCUGUGACAAGGCUACACUGACAGUCAAACAUACCUGAGAAGAAGAAUUUGCAUGCACCUUAUAUUUCUAUGUACACAUCUAUUCUCCAAGCUAAAGCUAAAGGGUAUGAAAAUGCCUGCCUUAUUUAUAGCCACUUGUGAGUAAAUUUCUUUUUUUUUUUUUUUUUUUUUUGCAUUUUCACCAAUUAUACUUUAUAUAAGGCAUUCCACACCUAAGAACUAGUUUUGGCAAACGUGGUCCUGGGUUUAAUGUCAAAUUAAGUUAAGAGAAAUUAAAUAAUGAACUUUUGGCUAGAGAGGUAAACUUUUUUGGCCUUCUUUUCUGGGGAAAAUAAUGUAGGG